GUCUGUAACCGUUUAUAAAACAGGUACAGCGCCUGAUGCAAGCUGCCCGUUACCUUGGCACCAAGGGGAGAAAAACGUUGACCCUGUGAGCCUACUGCCGCUGUCCUCGGGGACGCGGGACUGCUCGUGGGUCACGCUGGGGCCGAGCCGCGGCGAGGGGUGUCCCGGAGGGCUCUGAGUAGGGCCUGGGAAACAGCCCUCCGGGGCGGGAGGGCAGCAACCUGCCCCGGGCAGUUGAACUGCCGCCGGCUUCAUGCAAACUUGUGACCCUGGAAAUUAGCUUGGAGUUCGAAGUGCUUCGUUUCCCUGAUUUUCUCUUCCUUGCUGGGCACGCACCGUGGCUCUGGUCUGCAGUGGCUAGUGCCCGCAUCGCCAGGGAGGUCUCUGACAACUGGAGUGCUCAGCAUAUUAGCAAGCUUGAGUUUGACUGCCAAAAUUUAGGAGACCCAAAAUAAACUAUGUUUUCAACAAUGUUUUUUUCUGUAUGUCUUCAAAGGACAAAUAAUUAUGUGUGGCAUGUCUACUGGGAAUAUUGUGAAGCAGCACAUUUAUUGGUUAUCCAUUGGAAGUGUCUUUACGAUUCGAUUCUGUAUUUUUCAACACUGAGGCAAUCGGGUACUGGAAGAGACUACCCAAGUAUAUGUAAAUUAUUAAUCAUAUGGACUUCUAAUAUCAAGAUCAGAUGUUUUUCAAUGAUCCAGAGCAACUACAAGCUAGAGAGCCGUAGCUCCACUGGUGGUACAGGGAACCUGGGUGUUUUGCUGCUAACGUUGGUCUUAUUACAGCACCUGCAUUGGUCCCUAAAAUAGCUCAUGAGUCAGAUUUUCAAACAAGCUCAGCAUCUUUGUGGGCACUAACGUUUGGGCCAGUUUUCUAAGAGCUCUGCAUACUGUGUCUGCAUACAGUACAAAAAGCUUCUCUGAAAAAAACCUAGUCCUUCUCCAUCUGACCAGACAUGAAGCCGUUCUCCUGCCUUUAAAUACAAUCCUUUGUGAGGGGAUGUAUCCAAACACUGUUACUGUGAGUGGGUCUUCACUACCUUGCUCACUGGGGAAAUAUGGCUGGCCUCACAAAUCAGCUGCCGUCAUUUUCAUUGCGGUUUCUCUAGGAUUUCACAAUUGCAAAGAGCCCCUUGGGCUUUUCUGCCUUCUAUAGUACUGUGUUCUUGGCAGGUCCCUGGUGUGGGAAGGAGGCUGAAGGCAGGUAAGUGCAUUUCUCCUGGGUGUGGUAGGCCACGAGUGAUGGGGAGAGGACCCAGCCAGCCAGUCCUUGCUGUAUCCAGAGCCUGAGAGCAUGUGCCGUUAUUGGAGAUGACCUUCCUGGCGUUUGAGUGUAUUCACUCUGAACUUGUAACAUUAGUGAAAAGUUAAUAACAUAAAAGUAAUAAUAAGCAAGGAUCCAGUUCAAAAGGAAAUUUAUGCAUUUUCUGAAGAUUUGUGGGAGUUGAUGCAAGCAUGAUAUUAACUUGCAUCUACUCAAUCUAAGCCCGUUCUGUCAGUGAGAUUGCAAAGAUGAGUGUCAUAUCUUUCCAUCCCAGUGUACAUUAUUUUUGCUUUAAAUAAUUUAAAAUAUAUAAAAGACAUAUCCAUUUCCUGUCCAAAGAAGAAAAUUUUUAUAUCCCGUGUCAGUGGUUGGGUGCACACAAAACCAGGCAAAAGCAUGAAAGAGAGAGGUGAGGCUCCACAUUUAAUGCUGACUCUGAAUCUUCAGUUACAUAACUUUGUAUGCUGUUAUCUAAGAUGUACUGUAUUAUCCAUCAUACAUUUUCAUUAAUCUUAUACAGACCAUGUCUAACAGCUUGCAAUUUUCCUUCAUUCUGCUACUUCUCAUUAUUUCCCAUUAGCAUGAUUAUUCACUAUCUUUAUUACCUUUAUGCAGUUAGUAUUUCUCUUGUGAGUGGGCUGAAUCCUCCAUAAGUAGUCGUAUAAACUACAUCAGUGGGGGAUCUAGCUCCAAGCACAUUAAUAGGAGAGAGUUGAGAUGUCAUCUUUAAGACCUGCAUUCUGUAGAGGAAGGAUGAAGUAUAAUUUUAACUAAGGCUGUCCUAGGCUGUCCUCUCAUGUUCAAAAAACAAGUCUGCAUCACCACAUGGCUCUGAUUUACUCCCCUCUGCUACCCUUCCUGCCUCAAACACUCUGCAGGACCUCUAGAAAGACCUCUAUGCAUAAUCCCCCAUCUCUCUGCCUCUUCAUUUGGAAAUCCAGUAAGUCCUGUCAGUAUGUGUUCCUACUGGUACCCAGAUGUGGACUCAGCCACUGGUCCCAGCUUAUCAGCUCUGGUGGUGAGUAUUAAAUGUGCACAGUUCUUGUUCUACCUCACUGUGUCACCAAUACCUUCCACAGCCAAGUUAGGGCUAGUGACAAGGUAGUCCGUAAAGAAUAUCCAUCUGUGAAAAGUUCAAUACCAGGAAUACAAUGUAUUUUAGCUCCACUUCACUGUGUGAGGCAAAUCACUGUGCUCUUGGAGGAACCUACAUGUUCACUGCCCUUAGGUACAUAUAAUUACCUGUACUGCAAGUAAGGGAUAUGUGGCACUUAACUACAAAGGUAAUGUGCCCAGCAGCCAGUCUGGAGAGGUUACAUAUAUUGGCAGGUUUUCACUGUUGUCCAUAAAAGAAAUGGUAGCUUUGACCAAUCAGCUCUGACUCCGUCUGCAUAUUAAAAUGAAAUACUUCAAGGCUGCCUCUGUAUGCUUAUCUAACAAUAAGUAAAAAGUUAAAUAGUUUGGAAAGGUAAUAACUUGAGAGCAAAAUAUACUAAUGUAUUUAAAGACAACACCUCAAAAUUUCAGUUAGUGUAAAAUCUGAGUUACUCCAUUCACUGCCAGUUUCCAGUAGUGAGGAGCUAGCCCUGAGGCACAUCUUCUCAGGGCUCACAGAAUACAUAAGGAGCUUUUUUAAAAAAAUUUUUGAUAACUUUCUUUUCUCUUUUGACUGUUGUGAAGCUGAUGUCUCUUUUUAUUUCUCUAGAGAAGAAGAGACAAAAAAUUGCCAUCUCUGGUAAUUUGUAUCAUUACAUUUCUAGUCUCCAUGGAAACCUAUGUGGGGCUUCACAGUUGGGUAACAUUUCAAUAUGUUACAGCAGAAAUCAGAUGGAGAGAAGAAUGAAUUCUGCACCUUGCCUGUUAAUCAAUUAAAAGUGGUUUUGAAAUUAUUUUCACAUUGUGUUGCAAACUUUACUUAGAGUAAGAAUAGAAGAAAUCAAAGUAAUCAAAUUAAUCUAUUAUGGCCUGAUCCUAUGUACACCUAGGCAUGUAACUGCCACUCAGUUUGAUUAUGAUAGGUAUUGACAUUAAUUUGGAAGAAUUCUUUGGUUUUAGUAGGAUUAUAUGGAUUAAUACUAUGGAAACUGAAAGCAUAAUAGGAAACUGUCAAGUUGACUCUAACAAAAAGCUUGCCAGAGAGGUAGUAACAACACCCUUGUUGUAAUCUAUGUAAGCAAAACAUUUUGAAAAUCAAGAACCUUAAAUCUUUAUGUAUCUCUGUCUUCACUCUUAUUCUUCCACUACUAAGGAAGAAAUAAAGCUCAAAAUUGGUUUCCUCUGAAAAGAUAUGGGAACUUCAUCUACCUGCUUCUUCAGGAUUUCCUUUUUUUAUUCCAAGCUUUAUCAACUUGAACACAAAGGAACAUAGCCUUACUGGGACAGCAGAAGGUGAUACAGAAGAGGAAUAUACAGAAAGAGACCUGUCUAUUUUUGUGACCACAGUCAACCCAUGAAGAAAUACCAUGGAGAAAAUGUAUGCUAGUCGAGAGGAUAUUGGAUAUGAUUUUGGAGAUGACUCAAAGGUUGGAAGUAAGACAAUUAAGCCUAAUCCAAACAUCGAUGGAGGAUGGGCUUGGGUGAUUGUACUCGCUUCUUUCCUUGUGCACAUACUUAUCAUGGGGUCCCAAAUGGCGCUUGGAAUACUCAACAUGGAAUGGCUUGAGGAGUUUAAUCAAAGUCGUGGUUUAACAGCGUGGGUUAGCUCCCUCAGCAUGGGCAUUACACUUAUCGUGGGUCCUUUCAUUGGUUUAUUUAUCAGUAUGUGUGGGUGCCGCAAGACAGCUAUAAUUGGAGGGAUAUUGAAUGCCCUAGGUUGGAUACUGAGUGCCUAUGCCUCAAAUGUGCACUAUCUCUUCCUCACGUUUGGAGUAACAGCCGGCGUUGGAAGUGGCAUGGUUUAUCUGCCUGCAGUGGUCAUGGUAGGGCAGUAUUUUCAGAAGAGAAGAGCACUUGCACAAGGACUCAGUACCACGGGAACAGGGUUUGGAGCUUUCCUGAUGACUGCCUUACUAAAGUACCUCUGCAUCGAAUUUGGGUGGAGGAAUGCCAUGUUCAUCCAGGGCGCCAUCUCCCUGAACCUUUGUGUCUGUGGGGCACUUAUGAGACCACUCUCUCCCCAAGACAUUGUUAAUGAAAAGUACAUUGUGAGAAGUAGUAGUGAAGAUAAUCAGGCAAAAGCUGUGUCCCGUUCUGUGGAGACUAUAAAAUCUAAUGGAGUCCUCAGUGAAGAACCAGAAAAAAAAGAAGAGGCAACAAAUGAAGAAGUGCUGGACAGUGUUCAGCACAUAGAAAUUGGAGGUAAAUUUAGAAGUGGAAGGAAUAUGUAUGUACUGCGCAUUCUUAAGACAGUGAGCCAGCUGAUGGUUACAGUGAGGAAGGGCUUUGCAAUAUGGUACUCCAGCUACUUUGGUGCUGCAUCACUGUUUACUAAUAGAGUAUUUGUGGCCUUCAUAAUUUGGGCUUUGUUUGCCUAUAGUAGUUUUGUCAUUCCUUUUAUUCAUCUUCCAGAAAUAGUCAAGCAGUAUAACUUAUCUCGUCAGAACAAUGUAUUUCCUUUGACAUCCAUUAUAGCCAUUGUUCAUAUUUUUGGUAAAGUGAUCCUUGGAAUCAUCUCUGAUCUCCCAUGCAUCAGCACAUGGAACGUCUUCCUCAUGGCUAACUUUACCCUGGUCACCUGCAUUCUUAUUUUGCCACUAAUGCAAACAUAUGUUAGCCUGGCUGUGGUUUGUGCUCUAAUAGGAUUUUCUAGUGGCUAUUUUUCUCUAAUGCCUGUUGUGACUGAAGAUUUAGUUGGAACUAAACACCUUGCAAAUGCCUAUGGCAUCAUCAUUUGUGCCAACGGAAUAUCUGCAUUGUUUGGACCGCCCUUUGCAGGUUGGAUCUAUGACAUCACAAAUAAAUACGAUUUUUCUUUUUACAUAUCUGGCUUGCUAUACAUGGUGGGAAUAGUAUUUUUACUUAUACAGCCUUGUAUUCAAAAGAAACAACCAAGAGAAAAAUCUACAGAAGAAGCACAAGUAUAGAACAAAUAUUCCAGAAGUUUUUUUAUGUAAUUUUUUUGUUUUCAUAUUUCUAUUGUAAUGACAGUAUGAAGCUGUUUUUCUUACGGAUCCAACCCCAUUGAGCUGUACUUAAGUGAAAAGUGAAUGUGCUCCAAAAUGCUAACUAGUCUAAACUAUUAGAAAUAUGCUUUUAAAAUGAGUUAAGAUAUUUUACUUUAGAACUAACAAGACAGCAAUUAGAAGCACCCUGCUAGUCUUUUAAAUUUGGAACGAUGCUAAGAGCCCUUACCCUUGCUUCUCUUUUAACUUUUCACCACUACCCAGUGGUGAAACUCCAUUGACUGCAAUGCAGUUACUCCUGAUUUACACUAGUCCUAGAAGAAAAUUUGAUCAGGAUAUGAAUGAUUUAUAAAAGUCCUUCCUGCUAUGUAUUCUGUCUGAUAAAAGAGUAGUUACUGAGUAUGAGAAAAUUAUUGUAUUUCUUACCUGGCUAGUCAAGUAUUGUUGAAAUGCUAGUACAAAAAUUCAGUUAAUUCAGUGUAUUAAAACUACUAUUUCUGUGAUGUACAACUGAAGAAAAGUUCUUAUAUUUUUCUGAAACAACUCUCUACUUCAAGGAUUUUUUAUUUUAUUUUUUUAAAGUAUCAACUGCAUAAUAAAGUAGCCAUCCUCAUUACAUAGGCUGCAUUAUAAAUGCUGUGACUCUUAAUGUACCUGAAGUAAACAAACAUAAAAGCAAAACUAGGCAACAUACAGAAAACAUUGUUAUUCACAAAUUGGAAAAUGUUUCCAGAAACAGUUUGAAGUUUCUGGCUGCUUAACCUAAUUAGAGGUAUUACAGAACUUUGUAAUACUGCCAUUGACCCCUUCCGUGAGACUUUUUUGUCAAGUAAACAGUACUAAAGAAACAGAGUUGGGCAAAACUGGCCAAAUAUAGUUUUAGAAAGAACUGGACUACAGCACACUAGAUUUUGUUACUAUUAAUAACAAAAACAUGUAUUAUGAGCAGUUGUGUUGUUGCUCACAGUGUAUGCCAUGAACUGUCUAAUACUGGUCACAUUUGAGAUGUUUAUUCACUAGAAAAUUAGAUAAUGCAGAGCAUGAAGGAGCUAAAGACCAUUUAAAAUAUUCAAAUACAUUUUCUUAAACAUUAAGCACCUGGUAAUCAAUGCAGAAUGUUUCGUAUGGUGGUACAAGACAUACUUUUUUCAGUUUUGAGAGGUGAGUCUGAUGUUAAUUUUCCUAUCAGCACGGGUGGUUAAAAAAAAGUUCUGAACGACAACUUGUAUUGUUCUAUAUUGCAAUUCACCAGCUUCUUAGUUUUGCACUUCUACAACUGUUGGCAGGGACAUACUUUAAAAUAAAUCACUGAAAUGAGCCAAGUUAAAAAAGAAAACCUUAAGAAAACCUCAAACUGCUUUAAGGUUUAGAUCAGUUCAUUCAUGUAAGAUAGUUAUGUAAGGCCUUUAAAAUUCAUAUUAAAACAACUGAGUUGGCAAUGAACUACAACACAUGGUGUGAACAUGCAGUCACUAAUUUCUUAAAAUCAGCUUUUUUUGUUAGAGAAAAUAUUCUUGUAAACUACACUUUCACAUCAGUUCUUUUGUUAUAGGUUUAAUGUCUUCUUCAUGUGAAUGCUGCUGCUAACUUAUUUUAACUGAGCUAUCUUUUAUUGGUGAAAUAUAUGUAUUGAAGUAAAGAUUUCCCUCAAUUUCCUCUGCCUUUUUGAAAGAUAUGUACCCUUUAUACUUAGAUCUUCCCUUCACCUUUUGUCAAAAUCAACUUUAUUUGCAUAUUACUGUAAUGAAUAAUAUGUUGUUCACUUGUGAGAUCUGCAAUAUAUCUUUCUAUAGAAGUCCUUACUGAGCCAUAUGAUGGGAAUAAACUUACCCCAAAUUUCA